UGGUGUUUAGCUAAUAAUAAUACAGGCAGCCUACAGCCCUGUUUCACGUUCACUGUUAGAUCGAUUCUACUCAUCUUAUACCCCCACCUGGACGCCCAUCUCACAGCCUCGCAAUGCCACCACGACGCUCCAGCCGAAAGUCGGUCGUCGAAGACACUGCUUCGCUUGUUGGAGCGAACAAUGAUGUCAUGGACGCACCGAAUACCCGCAGCAAUUCCCGCUCGACCGCUAAACGCACUCGAGCUUCUCUUCGCUUCGUACCCAAUUCCUCCGAAGAUGAGGACGAAUCUGUCGAUCCGGACCCACCCAAACGAACGUCGUUGCCCAUCAGGCGGGUGUUGAAGGAAGUGGCAAUUCCUUCGAAGAUGGCCAACAAAAGCAACGACACCUCAACCCGGUCCCCAUCAACAGUCGAAUCGGACUAUGAAACCCCAGACACAAGUCAUUCCGCCACACCCGUGAUCAUAGCCCGAGGUCGCAAAUCUACGCGCAAAAGUGGUCUCAAUCAGGCUGUGAACGCAAGCCUAAGCAGCUCAUCUUCGCGCAAACGUCCUCUUAUGGUGGUUAAUGACACUGAUGAGGAGGCUGAUGAGGAUGAUUUAGUUGAGGAUCUUGCAAUGCAGAUCCAACUCGAAGAGGGCAUGCGCACUCAUAAACGCCAAAAAGUUACACCCGAUGCUGGGGCUCAUGAUAAUGCUCACGAUACCAGUCCCCCACAAAAGAAACAGACGCAAACUUUUGUUGGCAAAGGCAAAGGAAAGGAAGUGGCCCUAGACCAGAAUGCAAUCGCGAACGACACUGAUUCCUCAUCGGUGGGUAUCCCUACCUACAAGGGCAAAGGAAAAGCUAGAGUAGGAACCACCGGAGGACCGUCUUUGCGUUCCAGUGCAAUGAAGACACAUGUGUCCAUUGGCUCAGACGAUGAUCUCACUGAUGAUCUAUCCGAUCCCGCAACCGAUUUAUCGCUGGACAGCAGUUCGCUCGAGCUGAUCGAAAGCAGUAGCUCCGAAGACGAGUCUGUUGUUCUUCCCAUCAAACGUCCUCAACCCAAGGCUUCACGUGGGAAACCCAAAAAGAAAACCCGCGCGGAAAAAGCAGAGAAUGCUGCUCGCCGGGCCAGAUUUGCUCACAUACACGAUAAAUGGGAACGCAAACGCGCCAUGAAUCGCGAACGUGCAGAGCAGUCACAUCCUAAGCUCACUACCAUGUGGAAAACUUUGUCAGAGGUUCCAGUACUUUGUGUCGAGCAAAUUGCGCAACCCACCACUAUUAAUCGGCGACUGAAACCUUUCCAACUCGAAGGUGUGUCAUGGAUGAUCAGACAAGAAAAGACGCAAUACAAAGGGGGUCUUCUAGGAGACGAAAUGGGCAUGGGCAAGACCAUUCAAGCUGUGUCUCUGAUAAUGUCAGACUUCCCAGCAAAGAGUCCCACUCUCGUUCUAGUCCCUCCUGUCGCAUUGCUGCAAUGGUCCAACGAAAUCAGUGAGUACACGGAUGGCAAGUUGAAAGUGCUCGUCUACCACGGCACCAACGCAAAGUGCAAAAAGAUGACCGUCAAGGACUUGAAAAAAUUCGAUGUGAUCAUGGUGUCGUAUAACAGCUUGGAGUCUCUGCAUCGAAAGGAAACCAAAGGCUGGACUCGUGGCGAAGAUAUCAUCAAGGAAGCAUCGCCGCUGCAUGCUAUACACUAUCACCGCCUGAUUCUUGAUGAAGCUCACAGCAUCAAGUCACGAACUACUGGCGUUGCAAAAGCUUGUUUCGCGUUGAAAGGCACCUAUAAGUGGUGCUUGUCAGGAACUCCCGUGCAAAAUCGCAUUGGCGAGUUCUUCUCGCUCUUACGGUUCCUAGAAGUUCGACCGUUUGCAGACUAUUUCUGCCGGAGCUGCGAUUGUGAGCAACUCCACUGGUCUGUCGAUGAUGACCACAUGUGCACAGCAUGCAACCAUGGAGCCUCGGAGCAUAUCUCUGUUUUCAACCAAGAACUUCUCAACCCGAUAACAGGCGACGAUCCGGAACUACGUGAGGAUGCUCUUACGAAGUUGCACAUGAUCACCGCCCGGAUCAUGUUGCGUCGUAUGAAGCGAGAUCAUACAAAUUCAAUGGAGUUGCCUAUGAAGGAUAUCGUUAUCCACAACGAAUUCUUCAGCGAAAUUGAGCGCGAUUUUUCGUCCUCGAUCAUGUCUAAUUCUGCCCGAAAAUUCGAUACCUACGUUGCACAAGGUGUCAUGCUCAACAACUAUGCCAACAUUUUUGGUUUAAUUAUGCAGAUGCGUCAAGUGGCAAACCACCCAGAUUUGCUGCUGAAGAAGAACGCCGCCGAGGGUAGCCAAAACGUCUACGUUUGCAAUAUCUGCGACGAGCCGGCAGAAGAUGCCAUCCGCUCACGGUGUCAUCACGAAUUCUGUCGCGCUUGCGUCAAGGACUUUGUGGAGACUUGCGAAGCCUCUGGCACUGAUGCAGACUGUCCGCGUUGUCACAUAGCAUUGUCCAUUGACUUUGAGCAGCCGGAGCUCGAGCAAGAUGAAGAGAGUGUGAAGAAGACAUCGAUCAUCAACCGCAUCAAGAUGGAGAACUGGACUUCUUCUACAAAGAUUGAGAUGCUCGUAUAUGAUCUCUACAAGUUGCGCAGCAAGAAGCAGACGCUGAAGUCGAUUGUUUUCAGCCAGUUUACGUCCAUGUUGCAACUGAUCGAAUGGCGUUUGCGACGCGCUGGUUUCAACACAGUGAUGCUGGACGGGUCCAUGACACCUGCUCAGCGACAGAAAAGCAUUGAGCAUUUCAUGACAAACUCUGAUGUUGAGGUUUUUCUUGUAUCGCUCAAGGCCGGCGGUGUCGCUCUGAACCUGACGGAAGCCUCGCGGGUCUUCAUUGUGGAUCCAUGGUGGAACCCAGCGGCUGAGUGGCAGUCUGCGGACCGAUGCCAUCGAAUUGGACAGAAGCGCCCCUGUGUCAUCACGCGGCUGUGCAUCGAAGACAGCGUGGAAUCGCGAAUGGUGGCACUACAGGAGAAGAAAGCAGCCAUGAUUGCGGGCACGGUGAACAAUGACAAGGUGGCGAUGGACCGCCUCAGUCCAGAAGACUUGCAGUUCCUUUUCCGCGGUACUUGA